CCGGAAACCCCGAGGCUCGCCACUGACGUGUCGCAGCGCAGCAUUUCCCGCCGGGACAGCCCUGCCCGUGCUCGGUCCUCCCAGAGACAAAUAGCUCCAGCGACCCGGAGGAGCUCCGCCGCCGACAGCACCGGUCCCCGCUCCAGGCGGACCGGACCGGGCCGGGCGUCACCCCGCCGGGAGCUCCAGAGACACGGGCAUCACCCUCCCCACAUGGGAGAAGGGGGAUUGGGAGCCCAGCGAGACACGGGGAGAGGGGAAGCACCCACCUCCACCGCACUCACCAGCCGCCGCCUCCGCCGCUCCGCUCCGGCUCCGCAGGGCCGCGGCAGCUCCCACCCGCGCGCAGCCGGCUCUGGCGACUGGCUGGCUGCCGCCUGACGUCAAGGGAGCUCACAGGCUCGGCGCCCGCUGCCGUGAGAGAGCCCGCGGCCGGCGCGGCUGUGCUUGCGCAUUUAAAGGGAAGAGACCGACAUGGUUGAAAACUCUCCAGCCCCCUUGCCGGAAAGGGCAAUAUAUGGAUUUGCUCUGUUUUUAGGAUCGUGGUUUGGCUUCAUGUUGUACCUCAUCUGGGCUUAUGUUCCCGAGACUUGGCUGUUCUCAUUGGGACUAACAUACUGGCCUCAAAAAUACUGGGCAGUUGCUUUGCCAGUGUAUCUACUGGUUGCUAUAGGAAUCGGUUAUAUAUUACUUUUUGGUAUUAACAUGAUGAGUACAGCUCCACUUAACUCCACACAUACCAUUACAGAUAACUAUGCAAAAAAGCAGCAACUGAAGAAAUUUCAAGAAGAAGCAAUUCCGGCACUGAGGGAUAUUCCCAUCAGUGAAGUAAACAGAAUGUUUUUCCUUUCUGAAAAAGGAAUCUGCAAUAGCAGAUAGUCAUAAAAAUCUGUUUGAAUAAAGGAUUAGUACAAGUGUUACAUAAGGAAAAUCAAAACCUCUCCAAGCUAAAAGUAA